AUGUCGAUAAGUACAAUUGAAAAUUUACCUAAUGAAACCUUUUAUGAAGUCUUCGAUUAUUUCGAUGCUACUGAAAUCUAUCAUUCAUUUUCAAAUCUCAAUCAUCGUUUUCAUCAAUUAAUUAAUUCUUCAUCACUUCUAUUUAAAAUAAAACUUGAUUAUUCAAAAUCAAACGAAAUCUUCAUGAAUAAUUACCAAAAAAUUAUACUUUACAAUAAAGAUCAAAUAUUAUCAGUUCAUUUAUGGUCAACAGAAAAUACUAAUGAAAUUAUUUCAUCCAUUAUUUUCGAUUCAUCAUUUAAUUGUCUUGAAUCUCUUGUUUUUUAUACAAUUGAAUCAGAUGUAUUAAUUUCAGUUCUUCCAAAAUUAACUUAUUUAUCUCGUCUUUUAUCAUUAACAAUCGAUACAUGGUCUAAUCUAAAAGAUCUUGCUGAUAUCUAUCGAUUAAUUUUCAACUUACCAAAAUUAAAAUAUAUCAAAUUUACAGCAAUGGAAUCCAAAGAUGACGAUAUAACUAUCUCAUUACCAAUUGCUACUAGUGAACAAAUAAGUUCUAUCGAACAUCUGAUUAUGGAUCAUCCUUGUGCUUUCGACGAACUUAUUGCUAUAAUAUCUUAUACUCCUCAUCUUCGUCGUUUAAAAUUUUUGAGUUUGACUAAUCGAAAUGUAAACAUUAGAAGUAUUAAACCAAUGAUAUUACCAAAUUUAACACAUCUUUCUAUUCAUAUAUAUAAAGAAAUACCAUUUGAUGAAUUUGAAAUAUUUAUUAAUAAAUUAAAUUCGAAAAUAAAAGUUUUAUCAUUGACGACAAUAGUUGAAGAUAUGGCUUAUCUUGAUGCUAAUCGAUGGGAAAAAUUUAUUUUAACAAAAUUACCUCAAUUAGAAAAGUUUUAUUUUAAAUACAGUGCAUAUUUUUCAGAAGAUUAUCAAACUCCUAUAUAUUUUGGACAACGCGAUCAAUUUAUUUCAUCAUUUUGGCUUCAACGACGAUGGAUAUUAGAUAUUGAAAUUGACUUUGAAAAUAUAAUUUACUCAAUCCGUCCAUAUCAAAAAAGAUGGUAUGAAUAUGAUACACAACAUAAGAUGAUUAAUUCUUCUGAUCAAUUAUCUAAAUCUAUUCGACUUAGUCUAGAUGAAGUAUGUCCUGAACGAUGGACAAAGACAAUAUUCAUAAAUGAUUAUAUUAAUCAUGCUUUAACUAUAACACAAAUUUAUCAUUUAGAAAUUUAUGCAAAAAUUUUUUGCGAUAAAUUAAUGGAAAUAUUAUAUUUAUUACCGGAAGUUAUUACAUUAAAAAUUUUUUCUUUACCAAUUUUACAACAAGGAGAUUUAUCAGAAGAGGAAAUCGAAUUUCUUCGUUUUCUAUCAAAUAAAAAUCAAAUUAGAAAAAUUUGUUUUGAAAAUAUGAAAGACAUGGAUGAACUUUUUAUGUUAUCUUUGAUUUGUUCUCGUAUUAAUCAUCUUCAAAUAAAAUGUGUUAAUUAUAUGCAUGCUGAAUUAUUAACAGGACUUAUUUUAACACAAAUUAGGAGCGUAUCCAAUUCUUCACUUCGAUUAUUAUGUUUUUGUAUUCCAGAAGCAAAUGAUGAUAUGAUUGAAAAAUUAGAAAAAAUGAUUGAUGUUGAAAAUUUACGUUUUGAUUUUAUAAUUAAACAUGUUACAGAUAAAAUUUAUUUACAAUGGAAAUGA